CUAAUUGUAAAGAAAUUUUUUGACCUGGAUCAUGAAUACGUAAGACACUUGAGCAUAAUGGAAAGAACUUCAAUCAUCUUGCUACUUCUAUCUCUAUGUUUUCUACAUUUCACAGGAGCAACGAUACGCAAUUUGAGCUUUCAAAGCGUCAACAAGAAGAAUGUGCUCGAGGUUGAAGGUCCAAUUAAGGAUGUCUUGGCACAAACCAACGGAACUGCUGUGCUCCCAUGUAGAAUUCCUGAUCCGGCAAUAGGCGUAGUAACGUGGGUGAGAAGAAGAGAUAGGCAGUUGUUGACAGUUGGCAGUGAAACUCAUUCAAUGGAUUCUCGCUUUGUUGUGCGGCCGUCUGCUAUUGACUGGACGUUGACUAUUAGAAACGUAAAAUAUGAAGAUGCUGGACUAUAUGAAUGUCAAAUACCCACAGACCCGAUAUCACACAACUUUGUAAGACUGACAAUAACCGAAGCAUACUCCGUGAUUCCUGGAGGUCCUGAUCUUCACGUUAAACAAGGAUCAAGUUUGCGUUUGGAAUGCCAACUUUUAGGAGCUACAGAGCCACCGACAUUCAUGUUUUGGUAUCGCCAAGAACGCAUGAUAAAUUAUGACGCUGAGCCAGGAGUCAAAGUCGACGCUACGAAAAAUGGAUCAGUUCUUAUAGUUGACAAGACGAAAUUGAGCCAUGGUGGCAACUACACAUGUCAACCUAGCAACGCUCGAGCGUCUUCUGUCAUGAUUCAUGUUAUCGAGGAAGAGGAAAAACCAGCGGCAAUGCAUAGUGGUGAUAGUUCAAAUUCAUCACCUGAUUUAUUCAGAAGCCUGAUGUUGGCCUUUUUUUUUGGGUUGGUGGCAGCAGUACGAAGGUAUACCACUUGCUGCAUGACGUUUUUCACGUGACUAAUCAAUCAGACCUUCCUCGAGCCAAUUUCAUGAGUACGACAAGCAAGAGGAUUGACGUGACUUGGAUAAAUUUACGAAAUACUCUAGUGUACCCUGGUCGUCUCCAAUUUCCACAUGUCUGCCGUUGUCCAAAACAAUUGACCUUUCAAUUGUGAGUGUCAAUCUGAAAUCAUUCGCGUUCUAAAUGAACUCAGUGAAUCGAGUCAGCGUCAAGUCAAACAGAUUGUCUAAAGAGUAUCUUACCGUCAGUAUAUCCUCACACGGCUGUGAGGCGGAACAGAAAACGAAAUUGAAAAAGAAAACACCAGAUGCUUCAGCUUGAAAUGGAAGUACACAAAACUGUUUCACUUGGAUUAAACGCCAAAUCGCACGUGCUCUCAUCAACUGUUUCACAAGAGUUUGAUUAAUGACAGCACUAAAAAUAGCCCAUUCUUGAGAAAUUGCGUACAACAAAGCUAAAUAAUGUCAUGUCAGAACAAAAAAAAAUUAUUGAAUUACAUGAUGAAUAUGAGAGAAAGUUUUUUUUGUACAAAAAACAAAUAUUUACCUGAAAGAUGAAAUGUAAUCAACAUUCUAAAAAUAAA